AUGCUUGGUGGUGUAUUUGUAUAUAAUGUGCUACUCAAGAACACCACCUAUCCAGGAUCAAAGAUAUAUGGAGGCUCUUGGAUUGGCCCACCAUUACAAGUUCUAGACUUCAAUAACCAGACUUAUGCUGCUAUGGUCCUUAUACAGGCAACUGGUCUUGCCCCUUCCCCUUCUCCCACUGUUACCAGUGUCAAUACAUCAGGAUUCACAUCUACAAAAACUGGCACAAUAGUAGGGGGUGUUGUUGGUGGUGUGACUUUCAUUGCAAUUGUUACAGGUCUCAUUCUUCUUUUUCUUUGCAAAAGGAAGCAAAGUCGCCAAGGUCCCUCUUCGAUUCUUGCAUCUUCCACUCCAUCUGUAUUCAUUAUAUCUCAUCCUCCUUCCAUAUAUGGGAUCACUCCCUUUAUACUGCCUGAACCAUGGGAGAUGGAUAUUGCACCAAAACCUGCAAAGGCUAUCAUUUCUCACUCAAACAUUCACCCAGCCAUGGAUGAACUGUGGAGCAGGGUAGCGGGCUGGCUAUCGCUAUGCCAGAGGCCAGUGUUGAGCAAGUCACUGGCGGUCACUAGCCGGUCACAUGUGUCGCCGCCAAGCUACUGGCAGACACAUUUUGUAGUCGCUGUCGCUCGGUUAUCGUAUAUCAGGUGA